GUGUUGUUCGCAGCGUCCACAACCCGUCUACUUUCCUUGUUCCCCAGUGAGUACAGUGCCACCACCACCUCUCACUACACCAAGAACAGUAUUACAACACAUACUAAAUAACGUUGACCAACAUGAUGCUGUGGCUGCUGUUGUCGUGUGUGCUGGGCCUCUCCAUCACUGCUGCUCACGACUACAGGAUGUGUUAUAGCAUAGGGCAGGGGGAUACGUUAUGCCUGCCGGUCAUGAUAAACAUGGAAGCCCAGACCAUCAAGUACAAUGUGUCCGCCAACGAUGUCUUUGAGGAAGUGUCGACACUUGAAGACUACAAACAUGGAAUAGCUGUAUCGCGAGUGGAAGCGGAGGAAAGGUGUUACGUGCGCCGCCUGGUUGUCAGUAUGGAGGAAGCAGUGAGUUUCCUCAAAAGUCAUGAAAACGAAACUCAGACGAUAAACUCCACCAUCGACACAGAGAGCAUACCUAUCAACGACCCCAAUUAUUUGAUUGGAGAAACUCUUACAAAUUUUUGCGGGGAUUUCCCUGUAUACAUAAUGAAGAAGAAACCCCAGAAAGGAGAAGAGGGCGAGGAGGAGGACGAAGAAAACGAGAUGGAAGAGGAAGAUAGGAAGCGGCAGGUGUCCGUAACCUUCACAAAAUGCAUUCUUUGUGUUAUCUUUCUGAAGUGUUGGACAACGGUCAUCACCGUCCCUACUGGUUCCACCAUCAUAUUCCCUUGGUUCUUUGGUUAACAACUUGACACGUCACCUCCCCUGAUCUACACCUGCCUUUGCCCUACGGCUCUGUGUUUCAAAUGUCCUCUGUAGAGAAAGUGAAGCAUGUGAGUUAAUUUUUCUGAAUAUCCAUAAUAAGAAUGAUAUUUAUGUGCCUCGGUGACGCACACUCGCGUAUUCUGUAUUAAAGCACUGCAUAAAA